UUCGGGAAGGGGUUCCGCCUUCCGCCCGGUUCUCCGAGAUCGAGCAUUUAGCCUGGACAGGACUGGAUUCUUCAGAGUUUAAAAUCUGAGAAAAAUGGCAAAUACAGAUAGUGAUUCUAGUCAUCUCCUCAUCUCUGAGGUAGAUCAAGAAGUAAAUACCGGACCAAUGAAUAUCCAGUUUGACUCAUCAGAUAUAAGAUCUAAAAGGCCUUUCUGUAUAGAGCCCACAAACAUCGUCAAUGUGAAUGAGGUCAUUCAGAGGGUUAGUGACCAUGCCUCUGCUAUGAACAAGAGGAUUCAUUACUACAGCCGGCUCUCUGCUCCUACAGACAAGGCACUGAUUGCUCCAGAUCAUGUAGUACCAACUCCUGAAGAGUGCUAUGUGUAUAGUCCAUUGGGCUCUGCCUAUAAACUUCAGAAGCAUACUGAAGGACAUGGCAAAAACACCAGCUUUGUUACCAUUUUUAUGAUAUGGAAUACCAUGAUGGGAACAUCUAUACUAAGUAUUCCUUGGGGCAUAAAACAGGCAGGAUUUACUACUGGAAUAUGCGUCAUCAUGCUCAUGGGCCUUUUAACACUUUAUUGCUGCUACAGAGUAGUAAAAUCACGUUGCAUGAUAACAUCUGUAGAUAGCAGUUCCUGGGAAUUCCCCGAUGUCUGCAGACAUUAUUUUGGCUCUUUUGGACAAUGGUCAAGUCUCCUUUUCUCCUUGGUCUCCCUCAUUGGAGCAAUGAUAGUUUAUUGGGUGCUUAUGUCUAACUUUCUUUUUAAUACCGGAAAGUUCAUUUUUAAUUUUAUUCAUCAUAUUAAUGAUACUGAUACUAUACCAAGUACCAAUGGUAGCAACCCUGUGAUUUGUCCCAGUGCUGCGAGUGGCGGUCCUCCUGACAACACCUCUAUGAUCUUCUACGCCAAUGACACCGAACUCCAACAGUUUGAAAAGUGGUGGAAUAAAUCCAGGACAGUGCCCUUUUACCUCAUAGGACUUCUCCUGCCGCUGCUCAAUUUCAAAUCUCCUUCAUUUUUUGCAAAAUUUAAUAUCCUAGGCACAGUAUCUGUUGUCUAUUUGAUUUUCCUUGUCACUUGGAAGGCUAGUCAUUUGGGUUUUCAUUUGGAAUUUCACUGGUUUGAACAAACUGAAUAUUUUGUGCCAGAGAUUAGAUUUCAGUUUCCACAGCUGACUGGAGUGCUCACCCUGGCUUUCUUUAUUCAUAAUUGUGUUAUCACACUCUUGAAAAACAAUAAGAACCAAGAAAACAAUGUGAGGGACUUGUCUAUUGCUUAUCUGCUGGUGACAUUAACUUAUCUCUAUAUUGGAGUCCUGGUUUUUGCUUCAUUUCCUUCACCACCAUUAUCCAAAGAUUGUAUAGAACAGAAUUUUUUAGACAACUUCCCAAGCAGUGACAUCCUGUCCUUCAUUGCAAGGAUAUUCCUGCUGUUCCAGAUGAUGACUGUAUACCCCCUCUUGGGCUACUUGGCUCGUGUCCAGCUGCUGGGUCAUGUCUUCGGUGACAUUUAUCCUAGCAUAUUCCACGUGCUGAUUCUCAAUCUGUUAAUUGUGGGAGCUGGAGUGAUCAUGGCCUGUUUCUACCCAAACAUAGGAGGAAUCAUUAGGUACUCGGGAGCAGCAUGUGGCCUGGCCUUUGUGUUCAUAUAUCCAUCACUCAUCUAUAUAAUUUCCCUCCACCGAGAAGAGCGAUUUACGUGGCCCAAAUUAAUCUUUUACAUCUUUCACAUCUUCAUUAUCAUUUUGGGCCUCGCUAACCUAAUAGCUCAGUUUUUUAUGUGAAGUGCUCAACUGUCUUCUCAAGAUCCUUUGUGAUAUUUUGAACUUUGUCAGCAGUUCCAUGUAAAUUCACCUGUAAAUGCUAUUGUUGCUAUAAUUCUAAACGUUUUCCUAAGAUAAUUUGAAAACAAAAAAAAAUCAUGAUGGCACAUUAGUAAGAUAUUUUGAUUAGCAUGGGAAAAAGGACAAAGAGAGUGAUCUUUAUCACUACCUUUCAUCUAUACUCUAUUCUCCUGAAUACUUAUAUGCACCUAUUCUUUCUUAUUCAUUCUCAUAGUCUUUUCUAAACCCCUAAUGGGGAAAAAUACGCUGGGUUUUGCUUGUAGAGAUAGAAGGUAAGUAGGUUUAUUUGGGCUGUAAUCAAAAUACUCAGGGUGUCACAGCAACUAUUGCCAGAUUUUUCUACGGUUUCAGCAUAUUCACUUCCAUUUGAUUACUUUACUAGAUCUUUUCUGAGUUUUGCCCCAUUCCUUUACUGAUUGGGACAGUAAACCAAAUACCUCAUUUUUAGAAAUGAAGUCUCCAGGACAUCAGUGUUAGGAAAGUGAAUUCUGAAUUAUGUCCUUGACUGCUGUUUCUGACACAAAGUGUUAGUGCAGGCCCCAGGUGGUCACGAAACUUAAUGCUCAACAAAUAAACUCUGGGAGAGUUUGUUA